AACCAAUACGUUUUUUGAAGCUUAUUUAUUUAAAAAUACUUUUGGGUAUUAAACCAAUUAUCGCUGUAAAUUGUUGCUAUUAUCGAUAGUAAGAUAAUAAAAUGUGCGAAAUACCUGCGAACUUUUUAACCUCCGAUCUGGUGCAUCAUCUGCGAAGCGACAAGGCCAAGUUUGAAUGGAAACCGCAGCCACAGUUGAAGAAAACCUGGACGCGUCCACGUUUCAUGUUCGUAUUCGAGCAUGGGGAUCUCAAUACGGCAGCGCACUGUCUGGCGGAGCGUAUGCACGAACCCUUCGAGCCCUUUCCCAUUGCCAGUGUGGCUGUACAGCAGUCGGUGCGCGAUGAUUUUAUUGAGAGCGUACGGAAUCGCUUCCAUCAGUUGAAGCCACAUGUGGCCACGCAUCCGAACUUUGAGCGUACCCUAAAGGAACUGGAGUAUGGCGGCGUGAAAUAUGUGGCUGCGCCCGAGGAAAAUGCGCCGCUCAUUGCCAGUCCGAUUAUUGUCACGGACAAUGUGACGCAUCUGUUCUUUAGCAGCUGUCCCACGGGUGUUGUCACAUUGAAGAGUUUCGAUACCAUACGAAAAGCAGCCGAUAUCUUUGUCAACGAACAGCCGCAAUUUGAAGCAGUGCACGUAUUUGAUGAGAGCAUCUCGAGCGUUUAUGCACUGGCGUCGCGUGUCAGUUGCGUUCAGUUCUAUGUGAACUGUAUCGAAGUCUGCAUGAUGCCCAUUCUGCCAUUCUAUGGCAUGAGGCAGGCGCGCGCUCUCCUGCAGAAUGGCUAUCACUAUGAGACCCUGGAACUGGGUGGUAUUUGGCGUAUAAUCGUCUUUCCCUAUACGACCACCUUUGUGCGACGCUGCUGCUGUCCGCAGGGUCAAUGCACUUGCAACAUCACUCACGGCAUUUGCUGUGAAUAAAUGGUGUCGAACUGUGUUGUUGGGUUUUUCGAACACUUGCGCACAUCUUUCAACCCAACCGGCAUUCAGAAAAACUAAACUAAAAUAAAAAUCCAACUGUGAUCUUAAGAAAUUUCCAGUUCCUAGCUGGCAAUUUUACUGACAGCACAUGUGCCACAUAAUUUUCGCGGUUGUUGGAUUCCAAUUGGCAUUACAGUUGAGGCAAAAUAUGUUGAACUAGUAUUGUUAAUUUAAGAUUUUUGGUUGUAGGUUACAUCAAGUGAUCAGUAAA